AUGGCGCAGGCGGAGCGCGAGCAGCUGAGCGUGGUCAUGUUCCCGUGGCUCGCGCACGGCCACAUCAACCCCUACCUCGAGCUCGCCAGGCGCCUCACCUCCGCCGACCACGGCGGCGGCGUCGACGUCGUCGUCCACCUGGUGUCCACGCCCGUCAACCUCGCGGCGAUCGCGCACCGGCAGACGGACAGGAUCCGGCUGGUGGAGCUCCACCUCCCGUCCCUCCCCGACCUGCCACCCGCGCUGCACACCACCAAGCACCUCCCGCCCCGCCUCAUGCCGCUCCUCAAGCGCGCCUGCGACCUCGCCGCGCCGCGCUUCGGCGCGCUCCUCGACGAGCUCCGCCCGGACGUCCUGCUCUACGACUUCCUCCAGCCCUGGGCGCCCGUCGAGGCCGCGGCGCGCGGCGUGCCCGCGGCGCACUUCAGCACCUGCAGCGCCGCCGCCACGUCCUUCGUCUUCCACUGCCUCAGCGCCGACCGCGCCUUCCCCUUCCAGUCCAUCGGCCUCGGCAGCGCCGAGGAGGAGGCCAACUACACCCAGCUGUUCGUGGUGCGCGAGGACCCCGCCGCCAUGGUCUCCGAGCGCGACCGCCUGCUGCUGAGCCUGGCGCGCUCGUCGGGCUUCGUGGCCGUCAAGACGUGCGCGGACAUCGAGCGCCGGUACAUGUACUACCUGUCCGAGCUCCUGGGAGGCAAGGAGAUCAUCCCCUGCGGGCCGCUGCUGGUGGACUCCGCCGAACCGCCGGAGAGCACGGCGGCGGCCGAGUCGGACCGCGUGAUGCGGUGGCUCGACGGCCAAGAGCCGGGCUCCGUGGUGCUCGCCUCCUUCGGCAGCGAGUACUUCAUGUCGGAGCAGCAGAUCGCGCAGAUGGCGCGCGGGCUGGAGCUGAGCGGCGCGCCCUUCGUGUGGGUGGUACGGUUCCCCAAGAGCAAGAGCCCCGGCGACGAGGAGCGCGGCGCGGCGCGGGCGCUGCCCCGCGGGUUCGCGCCGGCGCGCGGGCUGGUGGUGGAGGGGUGGGCGCCGCAGCGGCGGAUCCUGGCGCACGGGGCCUGCGGCGCGUUCCUGACGCACUGCGGGUGGAGCUCGGUGCUGGAGGCGCUGGCGGCGGGGGUGCCGAUGCUGGCGCUGCCGCUGCACAUCGACCAGCCGCUGGGCGCCAACCUGGCCGCGGAGCUGGGCGCCGCCGCGCGCGUGCCGCAGGAGCGCUUCGGGGAGUUCCGGGCUGAGGACGUGGCGCGCGCGGUGCGCGGGGUGGUGCGCGGCGAGGAGGGCCGCGCCAUGAGGCGCCGCGCCGGGGAGCUGCGGGAGGUGGUGGCGCGGAACGACGCGGACGCCGCGCAGGUCGGCGCGCUGGUGCGGCGACUCGCGCGCCUCUGCGGCAAGGGCCAGCGGGUGGCCGCCGUGCCCUACUGAAACACGAUUUGGUUGUUGCGUCUCUUCUCUGGCUUUUUCCUCGCAACGAGGCUUCAAAGUUGAAACACGAUUUGAAUUCGAGAUCUUGAGUUGUUCCCGUUGUCGUCUUUAGGUUGAGCUGGACUUCAUCUGCAUGGGCCACCGAACUGUAUUGUUAGGCCCGCUCGUUGGAAGCCCAGUUAGUAGUCACCUUCGGCCCAUGUGGGCUGUUUGGAUGUGUUGUAAAUGGCCCAUGUGGGGAUGAUUUGUCAAAAAAAAAAUGUUUAGCAUGGAUGACGUGGCGAAAUUUCCGCAACCCAAAUAUUUUCGAUGUUCCUUUUUAGUUCAAAAAUUUGUAUUCUAUACUACCUCUUUUAGUUCAAAAAUUUGUACUCUAUA